CGCCGCGAUACUCUUCUUGCGAGUCGCACGUACGGAUGUCGUCCGGUUAUUUUUCGCGAAUUUCGAGUACUUUACGCGACGGACGAACGGGAAAAGUACGGGAAUAAAUAGUUCGAGCAACGACGGGACAUCUGGCCAGCCGCCGGCCGUCGCCCAGCCGCCGCCGCGCCCGCCACGAACAGGUUUUUAAAAAACGUAGCAUAAAAUGACGUCGUUGAGGAAUAGAGAGCGCAUCUUGGAGGCGAUAGACCAGUUGCGACGUCGCAAGGCCCGUCCGGACUUCCAAAGGAUCAGCAACUACUUGUUCAGGCGUUUCGCGGUGAAUUCGUCGGAGGCGCGAGCGGAUCUCGAGCGGUGCGUGGCCGAUAAUCACGUGCUCAAAGUCGAAUACAAGGGCAGCAUAAGUUACCGCAAUGCCGCUAAAAAGAACGCUCAGGCUCAAAUGAGGCACAAGAACCACACGGAACAAUCCAGAACUAAACCUCCACCACCGCCGCCUACUAUUACUAAUGCGAGUAAUAAUAAAAACAAUAGCGACGAUCAAGCGGGCGGCGUCGCCGCUAAUUCGCCCGGCAGCGACAAUUACAAGACGAAUCGGCAGUUCAACGAAUUACUGACGAACGCUUUUGGCGAAUUGAUCGUCUACGAGCCGGAUUAUUUGGAGACCGGCGUGCCGAGCGGCGAAAUAAUCGCCAAUAUAUUGGCCAAAGACAGCGUCAGAUACACCAAGAAAUACCUGAGCAUCCUGUUAGAAAAGGAAGUUGACGCCGGGCGAUUGAUAAAGACGCAAGACGGCAGUUACCUUAUGGGGCCGUCGAAGGAGGAAGAGGGCGCGACCGAGCGAAAGAAAAGGACGGACCGCGAUGUGAUUGUCGGCGCUGAUCGGAAUCACUUGCGUUCGAAUCACAAUCACGAUUCCCAUCAUCAUGAUAAUCAUGGGAAUUUCGUCACGGUGGUCAAGAUCGAAGGCGGCGAGCCGGCGACGGUCGAGUUUGAGAGGCAGGUGAAAAGCGAAAAUGUCGUCGGUAUGGAUUCGACGGGUAAUUCGGUCGAUAAGAAGAAAUCGGACGGUUUGUUGAGGACGGGUGGCAGGCGAAAGGUCAGUGCACUUUCCUGUUUAUUUUUUUUUUGUUUAAUUUUGAUUCUUCUUCUCUAUUACCGAUACGUCAAUACUGUCACUUCUGUCAACUGUCAAAAACAAAUUGUGUGUUCUCUGUUUUGUUGUUAUAAAAGUGCAAAUAACUUCUCGAAGAAAAUGUCUAAAUACAAAAGAGCUAAAAAAGUGUUUGAUCCCUCCGACAACCACGUACCGAAGAAACGAGGCAGACCGGUCGGCUCUCUAAACCGUUCGACCAUCGAAAAACAUCUAGCCAGAUUGAACAAUGAGGAAUACAGAGAGAAUCGCCCCGAUUCGAGAACUUCCUCCAACGGAAGAGACCAAGGCGGCGUCUGUUCCGUUUGCCACCUGCAAAACAGGAAAGGGCCAAACGAUCGAAUGGUCGCUUGCAGGGAAUGCAGCAACAAAGCGCAUAUCGGUUGCUUAAACGGUGACGAUAUGAUGUUGAAAAUGUACCCGGACAACACUUGGCAGUGUCCGCAUUGCAAAACUUGCGUGGUGUGCUUCGAAACAUCGGACGCUGGUAACUUGAUCGUAUGUUCGGUUUGUGCCGAUGGUUAUCACGCGAGCUGUCACCAACCGAGGAUCACGGAGAAGAUCCGGAACGGUCAAAAGUGGCUGUGUACCAAUUGCCACAUGCCGGACGAGCUUAAAAUCAACGCGAUACAAUCGAACAUCAACUCGUUUAGUCGCAAGAGUUCAUUAGUGUCCGAUGCUAAUGAAAAUACAUCUUCGAAUUCGGGCGUUUCGUCGCCUUCGAAUUACGUUUCCCCUUCGAUAUCUCCGACGCCUCCUCAAUUGAGCCCUCAGACUGGUUUGAGAUCGGAAUCUCCUGAUGCAGAUGCUCGAUCGGAUUCGCAGAGCUUGAAGGAGGAUUACGAAGAGGACAAUAUCGAUCCUUCGAUACCUGAUGCUACACAUUGGACAGUCGAAGAGGUGUAUCAGUACUUCUAUCGGUACUUUCCCGAAGAAGCUGAGAUUUUUAAGGAGCAGGAGAUUGAUGGAAGGUCUCUUUUGCUGUUGAAGAGAUUGGACGUACUGACGAAUUUGAAUUUAAGACUGGGUCCGGCGUUGAAAAUAUACAAACACAUUGUGAAAUUGCAAGUGAGAAGGGACGAUCCGAGAUUGUAUUGGCUUUAAGAAGAAGAAACGUUUUUGUUAGUAGUAAAUAUCGAUUAACCUUUAACGAUAACUGAAUUUAUUUGUUAAGUAUUAUAGUGUUUGCUACAAUUGCGUUUUCUAAUGUGUGUUAUGGGAUUAUUAAGAGAAUGUUUGAGGAAAGGAAUUUUAAAAUGAUAUCCUUUUGUGUGUCGGUUUUCUCCGAACAAUAUUAUAUUCGAAUUAUACUUGUUAUGUAGAUUUCGUAGUUGAAUAUUUUGUAAGUCGAUAAUAAUUUAUUACCUAUUAACGAUCGUGAUAGAUUAUUUUAUAACGUAAUUAUUAACGAUAUGUAUACGUAGAAUAUUUUAAUCUAGGUACUUUCUAUUUAUUGUAUUAUAGCGUAGCUACGAUAUUUGUAAUAAAACAUUUUGACGAUUC